AACACUGAUACUUCUACUAUUGAAAACCAAACAACAACAUUAAAGUGACCUCUCCAGCAAAUUGCUUACUGAAAGUAAUAAAUUACUUUUAGUAUUAUGUCAGAUCAAGUUUCAAAAUAUAACUAUCCUUCAUCGCAAACAGGAGGGGUCAAACCUUUGAGUAUUAGAGGUAUUUUUGAAGAUGAGCGUCGGCGUUUGUCAGAAGAAUUCACUGAUGAAGAACGAGCAUGGAGAAAACAGUGGCUGAAAGAUCAAGUAUUAUCUCCAAAUGAACCACGACCAGAGUCUGAGGAAUGGAUCAGAGAAGUUCGAAACCCUAUUCGACGCUUUUUAUCCAAGCCAUGGCAACUUCUUGAGUCAUCUACGGCUCCUGUAAUAGGGAAAACAGUGGCUGCUCAUGUUAGAUAUAUAAUUCCCAAAACCAUAGUUAUAUUAGCUGCUACCUAUGUUACCUGGUAUCAUCUCAAGUAUAAUCAGAAUGAUUGGACUCGAUGUUAUGGAGUUACCGUAACUAUGCCUAAACCAAGAGCAUUUCCUGGAGAUACAAAUUUUCCUGCUCAAGCAGAAAAAGUGGAACCUAAUGAUUUUUGUGAUCGGGGUUUCAAGGAUAGAAAGGUUUUUCUUGAUUAAUUGAUCCAUUGUUAUAGAUAUAUAGUUGAAUGUAUUUUCAAUUCUACUUUCUAUUUUAUAAUAUAGAAGUAGAUUUAAAGAGGAGCCAUCCUAAGUCCAGAUGGUUUAAUUAUUAAUAAAAUGAGAUAUUAUAAAUAUCA